UUAAUCACCUCUGGGUUUUUUUUAUAUUUUCUUAAACAAACCAAAAAACACAGAAAAUUUAGAAAAAAAGAAUUUUUUUUUCUUAGUUUUUGUUAUAAAAUUUUGUAAAUAAGUGAUUUUUCUCCUUCACUGAUGUGCGCUAAUGAGGCUGCAGUGAUGGGCACUGAUAGGCUGCACUGAUGGGCACUGAUGAGGAGGCACUGGUGGUACUGAUUGGCAGCACUGAUAGGUGCCACUGAUUGGCAUUGAUAGG